AUGGGUAAAGAAACAAGACAAAGUUCAACAUAUUUUAGAUUAUUAUCAUCAUAUGCUGUAGAUGGUAAUGUUGAUAAAAAUUGGUUUCAUGAUUCUUGUGCAGUUACUAAUCAAAAGAGUGGUCCUACAUGGUGGUGUGUUAACUUGUUAGCUCCUGAACGAUUCCAAACUAUUGUGCUGUAUAAUAGUGACUCAUACCAGGAAAGAUUACACAGAUUCUCUAUAAAAGUCAGCAAUACUGGAGGAUGUGAUCAAAGUACAUUUGAAUCAAGUCAAGUUUGUUACACAGAUGAAAGUUCCAGACCACAAGAUAUAUACACUGUAUAUGAUUGUAAAGAAGGACAGUUUAUAUUUAUUACAGUACCAGCACAAAAACUUCAAACUAUUUGUGAGGUGAAAAUAUUUCAAGAAAAUUUAGCAUUUGGUAAAGAUACAAGUCAAAGUUCAACAUAUUAUGUACUAUCAUCAUCAUCAAAUGCUGUAGAUGGUAAUACUGAUGGCGAAUGGUGGAAUGGAUCCUGUACACAUACUGACUUUACUAAUGGUCCCAAAUGGUGGUGUGUUAACUUGCGGGCACCUGAACGAUUUCACACUAUUAGGUUGUAUAAUAGAAACGGCGCCAAGGAAAGAUUACAAGGAUUUUCUAUAAAAGUAAGCAAUACUGGAGGAUGUGAUCAAAGUACAUUUGAUUCAAGUCAAGUUUGUUACACAGAUGAAAGUUCCACACCACAAGAUAUAUACACUGUAUAUGAUUGUAAAGAAGGGCAGUUUAUAUUUAUUACAGUACCAGCACAACAAACUUUAACACUUUGUGAAGUGAAAAUAUUACAAGUCAGGGAAAGAUUACAAGGAUUCUCUAUAAGAGUAAGCAAUACUGGAAGUUGUGAUGAAAGUACAUUGGAAUCAUGUCAAGUUUGUUACACAGAUGAAAGUUCCACACCACAAGAUAUAUACACUGUAUAUGAUUGUAAAGAAGGACAGUUUAUAUUUAUUACAGUACCAGCACAACAACAUCUAACUCUUUGUGAGGUGAAAAUAUUACAAGAUCUCGAAUGUAAUGUUACAUGUAAAGAUGGAGUAAAAUCUUCAACUGAUGGACUCUUUGCUAAUGCAACCGUUCCCCUCGACACUGAAGCUGAAUGUAAUGCUAAAUGUUCAGCUACUAUUGGUUGUACACUUAGUAUGUUCUUCUACGGCAAAUGUGAACUGUUUUUCAACUUUGCAUAUAAAUCUAUCAAUUCCGUCGAUGCCUGUCAACAGCUCUGUACUAGUACACCUGGAUGUAAAACUGUACGACAUACAGGUACUACCUGUUCUCUGUUUAAGAAACCCUUCGACCAAUUUGUGGCGGAUCCUCAUGUUUCUGUCAUGGCUUGUCUGAAUGACGACGAUUCACUUUGUAUGUAG